UUCAUGCUGAAGUUGGACAGAGGUCUGCGCACUGCGAAGGGAGACGCGAAGGGAUACGGAGGAGUCUCCAGUCCUACUUCAGGUCUUGAUCGUCCUUAAAGAGGUUGGCAGCGGACAUGCCCAGACCAGUACACAGUCACUAAGACCACGGGAUUCAGCUCUUGGCCUGGUUCAAGCUUCCCGGAAUGAACGGUACCGCGGACAUCUGCAACCACUGCCGGAACAUAAUCAGAGAAAAGGAAAAAGGAAUGAAGAUGUCAAGACACAUAUCAACAGGACCAAGCUCGUUUAUUCCAGAAAAUGAGAUCAUAGGAGCCAUGCCUCUGAGUGACUCCACGGUGAUGUUCUUAGACGAAGAGUUCAGCGGUCGUAUGGACAACCUGACGCAGCUGAUGGGGCUCCAUCCACAUUAUCUGCAAGCGUUCCUCCGCUGCCACUAUUAUCUCUUGAGGAUGGACGGCCCACUACCACUCCACUACAGGCAUUAUAUCGCUAUAAUGGCUGCAGCACGGCAUCAGUGUUCUGCGCUGGUCUGUCAGCAUGUGCAAGAGUUCGAGCAGAUCGGUGUCUGUACUGAUUGGCUGAGAGGUCUGGAGUUCUGCCCACAACGACUUCGCAACCUCAACGAGAUUAACAAGAUCCUCGCGCACAGACCUUGGCUCAUUACCAAGCAACACAUACAGGCUCUGGUGAAGACAGGAGAACACAGCUGGUCUCUUGCAGAGCUGGUUCAUGCUGUCGUACUGUUGGCUCAUUUCCAUGCCUUGGCUAGUUUUGUGUUUGGUAGCGGUGUCAACCCUGACUCUGAGGUCACAGAGGUCAACGGGGUCACAGAUGACCUUUGCCCUCCAGCCAUGGCGGGUUUAUGCACCUGCCACCUGACAAACAGCAACCAAGCCAACGGGAACCCCAUGUGUAAUCCUGACACUGGGAGUGAGCUGGAAGCUCUGAUGGAGAGAAUGAAGCGAUUGUUGGAGGAGAGAGAAGACGAUGAUGCGUCAGAGGAGGAGAUGUUCACUCGUUUCGAGAAAGAAAAGAAAGAGAGUCUUCUAGUGGUGUCCGCAGGGUUUGAUGAGGAAGUUGUGCCUCCUUCUCCCGUGGCUCGGUUUGUAGAUGACCAGUCGUUUGGAUACCAAGACUUUGCGCGACACGGAGAAGACAACCCACCCACUUUUAAAGCACAAGACUACUCAUGGGAGGAUCAUGGUUUCUCUCUGGUGAACAGGUUGUACUCUGACAUUGGUCACCUUUUGGAUGAUAAAUUCAGAACGGCAUGUGAUCUUACCUAUUACAACAUGGCCAGUCACGAGGGGGUGGACACCAGCAUGCUACGCAGGGCACUCUUCAACUACGUUCACUGUAUGUACGGAAUACGCUACGACGAUUAUGACUAUGGUGAGGUGAAUCAGUUGUUGGAGUGCAGUCUGAAGGUUUACAUUAAAACAGUGACGUGUUAUCCAGAGAGAACCACUCGCCGUAUGUACGAGAGCUACUGGCACCAGCUCAGACACUCUGAGAAGGUUCAUGUGAAUUUGCUUCUAAUGGAGGCUCGGAUGCAGGCCGAGCUGCUCUAUGCUUUGAGAGCUAUCACUCAUUAUAUGACCUGACCAUCCAGUCUUCACCAAUUCUACGACCUGACCAGUUGACCUAUCGUUAAUCCCCACCACCACCCCUUAGUUUCUGACAGAUAGGUCAAUUAGACUUCAUGUUUUAGGUGACCUGACUAAUCAAAGCUCACCCACAAUAUAUGGACAUCAUUACACCUAAAUUAAACCAAAAGUUGUUUUUUUUCUCAUCAUGGUGCAUGUCAUUAGUAGUUACUUGUUCAUAUAGUUUGGAAUUCUUACAAUUGUGUAUACAUUUUCUUAGACUGUUCAGAAUGGUAACUAAAUGAAGGACACCGAUUACAAAGCAUUCUGGGUAUAAUCUUAAACAUCAAAAUGGGAUCUAAUGGCAUGUGGGUGAUCAAUAAUUGUGGGUGGGCAGCCGUGACUUUUACUGGAUUAAAAUAGAAUCCUUUAAGGCUCAGACAAAUCCCAACAUUAAAACCCGUGGGCUUGACCUGAUCAGUCAGACGAGAUCAUUUAUGACAUCAUGACUUGAAAAACAAAACAAAAACACAUUAAACGUGCAAUAUUUUCUCACUGAAAUCUCACUUAUACUGUAAACUGAAAUACUGGAGGACUGAGUUCACAUUUUGAAACCGGAAGUUGUCUUUUUUUUCUCUUCUUCUUCUUUUUUGCACAUCUGAGAAGAACUGUAUUUUGGAACAGAAUACCGUUUUCUUUUUGUAUUAUCAUCAUAAAUGACAAUAACAGAAUGUGAGACUCCUGUAUGGAGAGGAAAAGUUAUUUUCUUUCUUUUUUAAUCCCUGUGCCUUUUUUUUCUUUCAUUCACCUUGUUUAUUUCAUAUUGAAUGUAUUGUUUAGAUUUUAUGCUUUUCAGAUCAACUUGGUUUGGUUUAGUUGUUUACCUGGAAACUAAAGCUUUUGUAGCAUUAUUACUGUACUUUCAGUCCUUUACUAUUUCCUUUGAUGCUCAGUGUUAUACGUUAGAUAGCAACAAUCUGUUUUAA